AUGUCAGAAUCAAUUAAUGGGUCAUCGAUACAAACCCCACGCGUACCACCAUCGGCGCCAUUGCCGUCGACGCAAUCGAGCAAUCCGGAUCGUCCAAUUCAUGGACGUCAACGAGCGAGGAGAGCUUGUCUUCCAUGUCGGCAACGGAAGAGAAAAUGUGAUGUAGAAUUUCCCUGUUCAAUGUGCACUCGAUAUGGAUACAAUUGCCGAUACUCCGAUGAACAUAAUCCGCCAAAUCCCAAUCUUUCACCUAUACGGACAAUUCUCCCUGGUCAUAAUGAAAUGAGGCAUGACUUUUCGCCAUCGACAACAAAUCAUACACCUAGACGUCGGAGUAUAACAAAUCCUCAAUCUCCAUCUACAUCAUCACAGGAUGUUGUUGAUCGCGGUAUUCUUGAUCCUUUGAGAUCACGAUAUAUGAGUCAGCAUUCUGCAGUCGCUUUCCCCAGAAGUCUUGGUGUUGAAUUUCAAUCGGCAAAUCCACCACCUCUUCAUUCUUUUGCUUGGAAUUGUGGAAUCAGAGCUGAAGAAGCUGCAUCUGCCCAUACCAAUCUAACUCAAUUGGUUUCUUUUGAUGAAUUUAAGCGGCUUUCCGACAUAUAUGCGGUAACAGUUCAUGGACCAUUUGGAUUCCUAGAUUGGCCGUAUUUUAUGAAACGGUGCAAUGAUUAUUGGACUAACCAUGGAAGAGAUUUGACAUUUGGUGCUGUCGUUGGUGGGGUGGUAGCUUUGGGAUCAUUUUUUGCAUUCCGACAUGGUCAUCCUCGGGAAUUGGAAAUUGUGCAGCAUGUAAAAACGGUGCUGGAGGAUCCAACAUUUAGUCGCCAUCCUUCAAUUGAUCAAAUAAAUGCAUGGAUUCUACGGACUCUGUAUCUUCGAUCAACUACCAGACCUCAUGUUUCGUGGCUUGCUAGCUGUGUCACUUUACAUUUAGCUGAAGCUACAGGUUUACACCAAGAAGUUCACUCGGUACUAUUGACCACGGAAGGAGACACUCAAGCAAGGCGGAUGGAUCAAGCAGAAAUAGAAAGAGCCAGAAAAACUUUCUGGAUGGCUUGGUCUGUUCAUACGAUUAUCUCGUAUGAAUAUGGAAGAUCUGCAGUAAUUCUCAACAGUAUAACAUGCAAGCCAGUGAAGGAUACUAUGGGCGACAGUACGAUUUUUCAUAUCAAGAUUGCUCAACUGAUACCUCGCGAUAAUAUGGUCGUCAGUUCCAUAACACAUAAAGAGGAACUCAUAAACGGCUUGAAAGAAUUGGCACAGAUUCCAGACGUACAUCCAUUUCUUUCACUCUCCAAAGCAGAUGUAUGUUUUUGUUUCUAUAGAAGGUUAAGGCUUAUGAAACAAGGACUGGAGAAAGAAGCAAUCCAAGCUAUCAUAGAUAUAGGAAACAAAGGCGCCGAAGCAGCAGAUACAUUCGCCCGUAAUGGUCAUCCUUGGUGGAAUAUCCUCUCAACUACCUUCCAAUACUUUUGUGUCCUUCUCGCUAUCGAUACCUCGGAAAGUUUGUCAAACGUUUCGUGGGUCCUAAAUAUAUUUGAGAACAUCGUAAGGAUAGUAGAUACGCAUUUAGCACACGAAGCGUUCGACACUGCAAAAGUUUUGCUCAGAGACAGUAUGGCGAAGAAGAAGAGGGACUUGGGAUUCUUGGAGAACGCGGAUGGACAGCAUGGACCGGAAGUAGAAAGGCAGGUCGAUAUCAAUUGGGAUGCAUUGUUGGACCCAACGUUCCCGGAUGCGCUGAUGAGUGAGGACUUUUCGAUAUAUAAUAGUUGA